GGUGGGUCACUGAGAGGGGAGGAGACAGGGCAAAGGGCGAGGGAGCCGGGCCGGGGGUGUUUCGGGUGUCCGAAGGCGAGUCCGAUCGGACCAGGAAGUAGCUCAGGGGAGCCUGACCUCGACCCGCCUUUCUCCUCACACGAGCUGAGGAGGCAGGGAAGUACCGAGGGCAGUCAAGCCUCCCCUGGGGGUGGUUCCUGGGACUAGAUGGAGCUCAGUCUCUGGAUUCUCCCUCUUUCUCGACCCUAUGCUUCCUGACAGACCUGGCCGCCAAACCCUGUAAUCACCCUGCUUUAACCCAAGAAAGCAAAUCUUUCUGCCGUUUCUGAGCUGGCUUGAGCCUUAAGACUACCUUAAGGAGACAGCAUCGCACAGAAUUAUUUUAAAAAAAAGCAGUGAUCCAAGCAAUUGAAUUGGAAGCACUCUGGGGAAACCUGCUGUUUAUUGUGAAAAUCAUCUUCGAUCUUGGAAUUGAAAGUAAAGCUGGAAAGGAAUUUACAAACGAGAAAAAAAAGAAGUUUGGAAUCGGAUUCACAGGAUCUGGGCUUGGAAAUGCCUCAGCCUAGUGUAAGCGGAAUGGAUCCGCCUUUCGGGGAUGCCUUUCGAAGCCACACCUUUUCGGAACAAACUCUGAUGAGCACAGAUCUCUUAGCAAACAGUUCGGAUCCAGAUUUCAUGUAUGAACUGGAUAGAGAGAUGAACUACCAACAGAAUCCUAGAGACAACUUUCUUUCUUUGGAGGACUGCAAAGACAUUGAAAAUCUGGAGUCUUUCACAGAUGUCCUGGAUAAUGAGGGUGCUUUAACCUCAAACUGGGAACAGUGGGAUACAUACUGUGAAGACCUAACGAAAUAUACCAAACUAACCAGCUGUGACAUCUGGGGAACAAAAGAAGUGGAUUACUUGGGUCUUGAUGACUUUUCUAGUCCUUACCAAGAUGAAGAGGUUAUAAGUAAAACUCCAACUUUAGCUCAACUUAAUAGUGAGGACUCACAGUCUGUUUCUGAUUCCCUUUAUUACCCCGAUUCACUUUUCAGUGUCAAACAAAAUCCCUUACCCUCUUCAUUCCCUGGUAAAAAGAUCACAAGCAGAGCAGCUGCUCCUGUGUGUUCUUCUAAGACUGUGCAGGCUGAGGUCCCCUUGUCAGACUGUGUCCAAAAAGCAAGUAAACCCACUUCAAGCACACAAAUCAUGGUGAAGACCAACAUGUAUCAUAAUGAAAAGGUGAACUUUCAUGUUGAAUGUAAAGACUAUGUAAAAAAGGCAAAGGUAAAGAUCAACCCAGUGCAACAGAGCCGGCCCUUGUUGAGCCAGAUUCACACAGAUGCAGCAAAGGAGAACACCUGCUACUGUGGUGCAGUGGCAAAGAGACAAGAGAAAAAAGGGAUGGAGCCUCUUCAAGGUCAUGCCACUCCCGCUUUGCCUUUUAAAGAAACCCAGGAACUAUUACUAAGUCCCCUGCCCCAGGAAGGUCCUGGGUCACUUGCAGCAGGAGAGAGCAGCAGUCUUUCUGCCAGUACAUCAGUCUCAGAUUCAUCCCAGAAAAAAGAAGAGCACAAUUAUUCUCUUUUUGUCUCCGACAACUUGGGUGAACAGCCAACUAAAUGCAGUCCUGAAGAAGAUGAGGAGGACGAGGAGGAUGUUGAUGAUGAGGACCAUGAUGAAGGAUUCGGCAGUGAGCAUGAACUGUCUGAAAAUGAGGAGGAGGAAGAAGAGGAAGAGGAUUAUGAAGAUGACAAGGAUGAUGAUAUUAGUGAUACUUUCUCUGAACCAGGCUAUGAAAAUGAUUCUGUAGAAGACCUGAAGGAGGUGACUUCAAUAUCUUCACGGAAGAGAGGUAAAAGAAGAUACUUCUGGGAGUAUAGUGAACAACUUACACCAUCACAGCAAGAGAGGAUGCUGAGACCAUCUGAGUGGAACCGAGAUACUUUGCCAAGUAAUAUGUAUCAGAAAAAUGGCUUACAUCAUGGAAAAUAUGCAGUAAAGAAGUCACGGAGAACUGAUGUAGAAGACCUGACUCCAAAUCCUAAAAAACUCCUCCAGAUAGGCAAUGAACUUCGGAAACUGAAUAAGGUGAUUAGUGACCUGACUCCAGUCAGUGAGCUUCCCUUAACAGCCCGACCAAGGUCAAGGAAGGAAAAAAAUAAGCUGGCUUCCAGAGCUUGUCGGUUAAAGAAGAAAGCCCAGUAUGAAGCUAAUAAAGUGAAAUUAUGGGGCCUCAACACAGAAUAUGAUAAUUUAUUGUUUGUAAUCAACUCCAUCAAGCAAGAGAUUGUAAACCGGGUACAGAAUCCAAGAGAUGAGAGAGGACCCAACAUGGGGCAGAAGCUUGAAAUCCUCAUUAAAGAUACUCUCGGUCUACCAGUUGCUGGGCAAACCUCAGAAUUUGUUAACCAAGUGUUAGAGAAGACUGCAGAAGGGAAUCCCACUGGAGGCCUUGUAGGAUUAAGGAUACCAACAUCAAAGGUGUAAUCAGCCUCAUUGGACCACUGGUCAGAAAUGUCUGCGUUUUGUCACGUUAUCCAUUGUAAAUUUUCAUUCUGUUUUGCAUGUCAGUUAGCAUUAUGUAAACAUUUACAAUUAGGUUACAUUGUUUUAAGAACUAAGUAGCGUAAGUGAAGCAUGAUCCAAAAUACUUGAUUAUUGCAUUUUCAGAGCAUAAACCAUGAUUAAAACUGCUACUGGCAUCAGAAUUGAAAAUCAUAUGUUUAAGUAAAUGUUUAGGUACAGAUUACAAAAAUCUGUUAAAGCAAAACAUUUUGGAGGAGUGAAAUAGUAAAAUGCCAAGUAUUGUGGCAGAUUUAUGCUCUGAACCACACAAAAAAAUUGAGGAAGCAUUUUUUUAAACAGUCGGUUUAAAUUGUUUUUAGAAUUAUUGCUUUUUGUUCUAAUUUUCCACACCAUUAAUCUCACUUGUAUAUGGCACACCCAGCACUUGUGCCUGUGGGCCAUAUUAGAUGUUCAUUGUCAGAGCUCAAGAUGAUAUAUAUAAAUAUAUAUAUAUAUAUAUAUAUACACACAAAUGUCUGUGCAAGUAAGAAAAAAAAAGCAUAUUCUUUGUGCCUUGUAUUUUGGGGAAACUAUAAAACUGGUAAUAUUUUGUAUGAUGAAAACCCUAAUGAGAAAAAACAAGAUAUAUAGAUGGAAAAAUUAUGGGGUUUAAAUGUUUUUUUGUUCCAACUCUUUUUCAGAUUUUUUGAAUGUAUAUAGGACUAUGUUGAAAUGUAGAUAUAUGCCACAGAGUCUGUGUAUUGUAUAAAAAACAAAACAAAAAAACAACAAAAAAAAGAUGGCUCUAGAAAACUCAUAUUUCGGUACUUGACCGGAAGAAGACAAAUACUUGCACAUUAUUGCGAUUGUUUUAUUUUUUGUACCAAAGACAAAUGCAACUGAUAUGGCAAACUGCCAGUCUAAGUAAAGUUUUGCACAGCUUACAUGAUACUGUAUGAAUGUAUGAAAAAAAGGAGAAAAAAAGAAAAAAAAAGGUCAGGGUUAGGGAUCUUACUGAACUGUGAAUUUUAUUUCUGUUUGGGUCCAAUUAUCUACAGAAGGAGCAUCCAUACAUACAAAUAUUAUUUUGCUGUUCCUCUAGUUCGCUUCCAUAGUAGAUAAGUUGGUGGCCAUUUAGAUGUCUUUUAUUUCUGCACUUAUUGUAGGAAAUUUUAAUAUAUUUCAUUUUAGUAAGCUAUUGGUAAAAUAGUUUUUGACUUUGAAAAUUAAAAUGUUUAUUUAGCUUAUUGUAGUAUACUUCCACCAGACAACAAAAUAGAUUAUUUUUAUUGUAUUAUGUAUAUAUAUAUAUGUAAAGAAAGCAAAAAGCUAAAAAUAUCUAAUUCUUUAGUUGCCACUUUUCCAAUUGAUGUAUUAUUGUGCAUGUAAUAUUUUCAAAGAUCAACACAGGCUGAAACAAAAACAAUUUAUAGAUUUUUAUAUUUUUGUACAGGUAUUUUCAAACUAGCUUCUUCAAACUUAACAUGUGACUUAUUCUUCUAUAGUUUCUAGAAUUGAGAAACAUUAACACAUUUAGUUUUUAGGUGCUCUUUUUUGCUCAUAUAAAACAGCUUCAUUAGUCAGUGUUUUAACUGUGUUCAAGCUUUACCUCUUGAUGAGAAAUUUCUUAUGUCAAGGCAGCAUUAUAAACCUUCCCCCACAGAUUUUUCCAUCCUGUCUCUCUUACUGUUUUAUUCUCAAAUCUUGUGUUUUGAACUCUGAAAACUGGUGGCUUAAAAACUAAAAAAAGAAAAAAAGCAUAUUUAGCAAGGAAAAAAAUACCAAAAAUUUCAGGCAUAGCUGCUGGAAAAAUUAUCUAUUUCUCCAUUACCCACUGUAGGAUUUCUUUUUUUAAUUAUACUUUGACUAUAAAGUGUCAAAGUAUAAUUUUUCUUUUACUUUGAUACCCCAUUUGUAAGCUAUAGCAUAUGAAGCUAUAUAUAUAGCUUGUGAAGGUUUGAUCUAGAACACCCAGUAACAAAUGAACAAUGUUGCUUACCUGCUUCUUUGACAUCUUAAAAAAGAAAUCCAAGGAGGAUUGUAAGGAUUGUCUUACCACCUUAGCUGAACUGUGAUGCACAAGAUUUUUCUAUGUGUUUGGUGGAAAUGUACCUGGUUUGUACAUUCACGCUAAACAGAUGAUAAGCUCAAGUCUAACGGUUUAAUAGAAUGUAAGUUCAUCGUUUAAAGCUUUUCCUUUUUAGGUGGGAGAAGGCAAAACACAGGCUUGCAAGUUGGAAGUAUAUGAAGUCUUGACAGAGUGUGUCUGGUAAAUUGAAAAGUGUUUCAAACUGUGGCAGUUUUGCAAUCAGGUGAAAAUCACCUCAUGAUAUUCAGCUGAUAAGGUUUAUAAAAUUGCCCCUUUCUAGCUGCUCUGUUAGGAAUUCUGGUUUUUGAUACUUUUUUCCUGUCUGCAAACCAGAAUUUGAUUUUUUGGUCUUGCAUUUCAAAAAAAAAAGACUUUGAAUCUGUUUAGUAGAUUCCAUAUCUUUGAGUUUCAGUGUUUUAUAUGUACUACUUAAGUUAAAUAGUUAAAAGCUUUUAAAUAGUUGAGCUUUUUAAUGUUGACACUUUAUUUUGUACCUAUUUAUAUAUGUAUGUAUAUCUUAGAAAAGCACUUUGUUAAAAAAAAAUUGCAUUUUAUAUGAUUCCUGCCAUUUGCUGCUAAAUCUGGGCUGGUCAGAAUGCUGCAGCGAUACUUGAUCUAUAUAAAAACCUGGCAGUAAAAUGUAGAGUGAAAGUUAAAUCCUCUUGCUGUUUUAACUUUAUCAUAAAGAUGACAUAGGCAAGCUGUGCAGCUUUACAUUUUAACCAGGGGACUCUGUGGCAUUUAAAACCGUCUAGAAAUGGUUGUACUUUAAUGCCAGUAAUAAUCUGCUUCCUCUAUUGUCAUUAAAAUAUAUACGUUUAGUGUAUCACACAAACCAAUCUUAUAAGGGUAAUGUAAAAACCCCAACAAUUGUACAUGUUCUGUUUUUGAAAAUUGUGGCAUGUAUUUUUGGGUGAAGAUCAUUAGAGAAGAGUUCUCUAAAGGUUUUCUGUGUUCAUACAUGGUAUACAGAUAGCUCAUAAUGAAGUCCAGAAUCUUACUUUAAGUGAAGGCAUUGUGAAUUCACCUCAAGUAAACCCAUUGUUCCAAAGCAAUUAUAAACUUUGACUCUAGUACUACUAUGAUUUAAAAAAAAAAAAACCAACAAAAACCUUUUUUUCCUAGUUUCAGAUACACUGGAUUCUUUAUAGAGUUUGUCUCCAUAUGAAAGCAUGCUGUCCAGUCGCUCUUGUUAAGAUCUUGUCUGAGUUUUGAAUUGGGUGCCACACUUUUCCAGUCAAUAUAAUUGCUUGUUCUACUGUACCAUGUAUGAUUCUUGUCCUUUCCUAUAUCCUUCAUGACAGAUUAUGAUGUGGCUUUAUAUUGUGCCUUACUUGUACAUUUAAAACUAAACGUCUUCAUUCCCUUCCACUUCCUACAUCUUUAACUUUGACCUUUUUGGUAAGAGAAUCAGAACUAUUACAAAAGCAUCAUGAAGGAUUUCAGAUGGGUAUGGUUUCAAAUUCCCUCUCUUUAUAGUUAUUUUAUAUUUGUAUGAAAGACCAGUUUUGGAUGGUCUUUGAAUAUAGGGGGGAAAGAUUAGCAGUAAUUUCACUACAUCCCUUUUCUCUGACUUUCAUGCAUUUCUCAUACAUCUUCUUUCUGAUGCUUGACUUUAUUUGCUUCCUAGCAAUAGUCUGCAUUUAAAGAAAGGUGUGUUCAAUUCAUCAGCUUGAAAUUGACUAUUUCAUUUUUCCAGGAUUUUUUAGGAGAAGAGUACCCAUUUUGUUUUAUAAAAACAGAUGACAAGUCUCUUUAAAAGAAACAGAAGUACAGUACUUUUGAAAUACAAUGCUGUUAGUUUGGAUUUCUUUUUAUAUAUAUAUAUAUAAUAUUCAUACAAUGAUCUGAUGUUUGCCUUCAUUAAUAAAGCUGUUAGUUUAUUCACCAAAA